CGCCAUUUAGACUCUACGCACUCAAGCUAUGCAAACAAGAUGAGUGUCCCACGAGCGCGGUUACUGCAGCUGAUGAAGGCGCAAUGCGAAGUCUUCUCAACGGCGUAUAACCCCGAAGGUGUUCGGACGGGCAACAAGAUUUUGCGACAGAGGUUACGAGGCCCUGCCCUGGCGGCGUAUUACCCACGACGUGUUGUCACGCUCCGAGACUUGAGGAAAGAGCUGGGUCCGGAGUUCAUGAUAGAGGAUGAGGCUGAGGAGGAUCGACUGUUGAAGAUUGAGGAGCUCAAGGCUCGUGGCAAGGGUGCCCCGAAGAAGAAGAAGGGACCAGCGUCGGCAUCAGAUGCCCCCAAGAAGAAGAAAUAGAUCAGGACGCAACGUGUACGAUGAACCGACUGUAUAAAAUAAGUUUACAGACAACUUUAGAAUUCCACAAGGCUAAGAAUAACUACUUGCCUAUUUUUGAUUUCCUGGGACUUUGUAAAAGCCAGCGACCGCCUGUUGGCUGUAUUUCUUAACACAUACUGGGCGUGCUUCUAGCUGAGUUGACCGCAAUAUUGUUUGAGUGAGUCCAGUCGCGGCCAUGCAGUUCCAUGUUUCGAAAUAUGAACCCGUUGUCAAGUCAGGGUGGUCGGUGCUUCAGAGACGUGGGCUGUUAGACUACCGGUACAACCUAGGAGUCCACUAGAAAGAAGUCC